AGUCGCCUACCUUCGCUUCCAGACAAUUCUCCCUGUAGCUGAAGAGGCUUUGCCGAUACUCCAGAAAGAUGUGCUCUCACUGGUCCUGCCACGACUAUGAGUCCUCCUGCCACGGAUCCCAGUCUUCCUGCCAUGGAUCCCACUCCUCCUGCCACGACUCAGGACCCUCCUGCCAUUACACCAUCCAGAGGCAGCCUGUGCAGAAGUACAACUACGUGACGCCCUGCUGCCCCACCAUGCAGCCCUGCCGCUCACCUAUGCAGCGCUAUUGCCCCCCCAUACAGCACUACUGCCCUCCAGCCCCCUAUUGCCCCCAAUACACCAAGAACAUCUGCAAGCUGCUGCCAUCGUACCCCAAGUACUAGCAGCAGAAUCCGGCCCCAGCACCUGGACCCACUGGCUUGCUCCUCGCUCAAAGCCUUGAGCUCACCUCCUUGCUCAUCGCUUGCCAGCCAUGCCACUUCUCUGAAAGUAAACACUUUUAAACUGGUUGGAGGGUAGCGUGGUAUUAGGUUGAAGUCUCUCGGUUUAAUGAGCUUUGAGCUGUUUAUCUUCUUUCUGCCAAUGCAAAGCACACUGUCCACUGGGAAUAGUUUCAUUCUUGCUUUGCUGCUUCAUUCUCCAG